AUGGGUCAACUUCCUAUAGAGCGAGUUACUCCAUCCCGUCCUUUUUUACACACAGGCAUCGAUUAUGCUGGGCCCUUUCUUACAAAGACUUGGAGAGGGAAGAAUGCCAGAACGUACAAGACCUACAUUGCCUUGUUUGUCUGCCAAUCAACUUCUGCAGUACAUCUGGAGUUAGUCACUGACUAUACCACCGAAGGAUUCAUCGCUGCAUAUAAACGUUUUACAUCAAGAAGAGGUAUCUGUGCAACUUUAAGAAGUGAUUGCGGUACUAAUCUUAAAGGUGCAGACUCUGAGCUCAGAAAGCUCUUUUCAUCGGCCUCAACUGAAUUCGGAGACGUGGCAAAUCUUCUAGCAAAUGAUGGUACUCAAUGGAUUUUCAAUCCCCCUGCAGCUCCUCACUUUGGAGGGAAAUGGGAGGCCGGGGUUAAAUCUGUGAAAUUUCACUUCAAACGAGUGGUUGGAGACCAUCUUUUAACAUACGAGGAAAUGUCUACACUCUUAACUCAGAUAGAGGCCGUGUUGAACUCUCGACCUCUCAGCCCUCUGUCCGAUGAUCCAGACGACGUAAACGCCUUGACCCCUGGGCACUUUCUUAUAGGAACCGCUAUCUCUACUAUUCCAGAACCAUCGCUUGAAUCUGUCAAAAGCUCUCAUCUCACUAGGUGGCAACUCAAUCGUCAAAUGUUGGAGAGCUUUUGGACACGGUGGUCAAGAGAAUGCUUACAAAGAUACCUUGCAGUUUAUAAGUGA